GCAAGCGCGAGGGGCCCAUCGGCGGCGAGAGCGACUCGGAGGAGGUGCGCAACAUCCGCUGCCUCACGCCCACCCGCUCCUUCUACCCCGCGCCGGGGCCCUGGCCCAAGAGCUUCUCCGACCGGCAGCAGAUGAAGGACAUCCGCUCGGAGGCCGAGCGCCUGGGCAAGACCAUCGACCGGCUCAUCGCCGACACCAGCACCAUCAUCACCGAGGCGCGCAUCUACGUGGCCAACGGGGACCUGUUCGGACUCAUGGACGAGGAGGACGACGGCAGCCGCAUCCGCGAGCACGAGCUGCUCUACCGCAUCAACGCGCAGAUGAAGGCCUUCCGCAAGGAGCUGCAGACCUUCAUCGACCGCCUCGAGGUGCCCAAGUCUGCGGACGACCGCGGCGCCGAGGAGCCCAUUUCCAUGUUCCAGCCUAUCAUUUUACUUAUUCUCAUUCUUGUAUUAUUUUCAUCACUUUCUUACACAACAAUAUUUAAACUUGUCUUCCUUUUUACGCUGUUUUUUGUACUGUAAAUCUUUCAUCAUUUACCAUUCAUUGUAGUAUUUUCAGUUUGUUUAUUUUGUUCACCCUUCAAGACAAGAAGUAAAAGAAGUAUAAUUUCUGUAGUAACCAAUGCUAUAAAAACACUGAAGACUGCUUAUUUCUUUAAAAAGACACAACUCAUCUUACCACUAUCAAAUUCAAUAAGAAGCCCAACCACUAAAAUAUUUCAGGCUUUAUUUUAAAGGCAAGUGAGACUGCUUCAAAUAAAACAACUUCAAGCUUCCAAGAAAAGGUUAAGAGGAGGCAGAGAGGAGCAGAAACACUUCUUCGCCGACACUGACACUGUUGCCAUGGACCUACAUAAGCAGUGGGAGAACACAGAGACUAACUGGCAUAAGGAAAAGAUGGAAUUACUGGACCAGUUUGACAACGAAAGAAAGGAAUGGGAAAGUCAAUGGAAGAUUAUGCAGAAGAAAAUAGAAGAGCUUUGCCAGGAAGUAAAGCUUCGGAGGAAAAUCAAUAUGAAUGAACGUGCUAAGAUCAUUGAUCUUUACCAUGAGAAGACCAUUCCAGACAAAAUAGUAGAAUCUUCCCCAAAUUACCCUGAUGUAGGACAAUGUGAAUUUACAAGGAUGAAUCUCAAAGAUGGUCUGAGAAAUGAAAAUAAAACAGAGCAGAGCUUAGUCAGUGGAGGAAAUCAAAUGUGUAAGGAACAAAAAGCAACAAAAAAAUCAAAAGUAGGGUUUUUGGAUCCUCUGGCUACAGACACCCAAAAAGAAUGCGAGGCCUGGCCUGACCUGAGUACUUCUGAGGAAGAGAACAAGAGCUGUUCUGGCACCCUCAGUACAGCUCUUGAAGAACUUGUGAAGGUUAGUGAAGAACUGUGCAGCUUUCAAGAGGAAAUUCAAAAGCGGUCUAACCACAGAAGGAUGAAGUCAGAUUCUUUUCUCCAGGAAAUGCCAAAUGUAACUAAUAUACGUCAUGGGGACCCCAUGAUCAACAAUGACCAGUGCAUUCUUCCAGUCAGUUUAGAGAAAGAAAAACAGAAAAAUAGAAAGAAUCUGAGCUGUACCAAUGUGCUCCAGAGCAAUUCUAUGAAAAAAUGUGAAACUGAUACAAUCGAUUUGAAAAGAAAUGAAACUCCACCAGUUCCUCCUCCAAGAAGUACCUCUCGAAAUUUUCCCAGCUCGGAUUCUCAACAAGCCUAUGAAAGAUGGAAGGAAAGGUUAGACCACAACAGCUGGGUGCCCCAUGAGGGUCAAAGUGAAAGGAAUUACAACCCUCACUUCCCUUUGAGACAGCAUGAGAUGUCUAUGUUGUAUCCAAAUGAAGGGAAAACUUUGAAAGAUGGUAUCAUCUUUUCCUCUUUGGUACCAGAAGUCAAAAUAGAUAGCAAGCCUCCAAGUAAUGAAGAUGUUGGGCUUAGCAUGUGGUCAUGUGACAUUGGGAUAGGUGCAAAAAGGAGCCCCUCUACUUUGUGGUUUCAGAAAACCUGCUCUACCCCCAAUAAUCCAAAAUAUGAAAUGGUGAUCCCAGAUCACCCUGCUAAAUCUCAUCCCGAUCUUCAUGUAAGUAAUGACUGUAGCUCUUCAGUGGCAGAGAGCAGUAACCCACUUAGAAAUUUCAGUUGUGGCUUUGAAAGGACUAUAAGGAAUGAAAAGCUGGCAGCAAAGACUGAUGAAUUUAACAGGACUGUAUUUAGAACGGAUAGAAAUUGUCAGGCAAUACAGCAAAAUCAAAGCUGCUCCAAAUCAUCGGAGGAUCCCAAGCCCUGUGAUACCUCAUCUACUCACACAGGUAGCAUAUCAGAAAGUAACAAGGUGUCUGGUAUUUGGAAAACCAGUGCCCACAUGCCUGUGCCCAUGGAAAAUGUGCCUGAUAAUCCCACCAAGAAAUACACAACAGACCUAGUCAGACAAACGCAGGGACACGUAAGUCCUCGCAGUUAUCGGAAUAUGCUCCACGAGCAUGACUGGAGACCAAGUAAUUUGUCUGGCCGCCCGAGGUCAGCUGAUCCCAGGUCAAAUUAUGGUGUUGUGGAAAAGCUGCUGAAAACUUAUGAAACAGCAACAGAGUCUGCAUUGGAAAAUUCUAAGUGCUUCCGGGAUAAUGGGACCAAAUGUAAUUCUGAUGUCAGUGGUGGUGCCACAUUAAGUCAGCAUUUAGAAAUGCUCCAAAUGGAACACAAGUUUCAGCAAAAGACAGCUGUGUGGGGGGGACAGGAAGUGAAGCAAGGAAUAGAUCGGAAAAAGAUAACAGAGGAAUCCAUGUCAGUGAACGCCUCACAUGGAAAAGGAUUUUCCCGACCUGCUAGACCAGCAAAUCGCCGUCUCCCCUCCAGAUGGGCAUCCAGAUCUCCAUCUGCACCCCCUGCCUUGCGGAGAACUACCCACAACUAUACCAUUUCUCUGCGAUCCGAAGCACCGAUGGUUUAAGUCUUUGGCCUGGAUUGCUGUGUUACAGAGGUUCUAGUCCCACUUGUCAAACAGAGCAUUCUGAGUGUUUAUAGGCAGUCCUGUUCUCUUCUGACAAGCAAUUUAAACCCUAACUUUCCAUCAGUCUUCAGUGUUUUUAAUCUAAGGAAUAAUUAUCUUCCUGUAUUUUGAUUUCUUAGAUCAGAAUUUUUUUAUGCCAUUCUCAUUAAUUUUCCAAUAUGAUAUAAGUUGAAACAAUGUAUAAUAUUGUAUAUUCUUUCUUGCAAGUGGCAGAAAGCAAGGUUAUUUGCAUGGCCCCGUGUUUGUAGGUGCAUGUGUUGAAAUAGGAAGUAUCCUAGUAUGUAUUUAGAUAUGAAAAACUUAUGUGCUACUGUUGACUUUGAAAUUAUAACAUGUAUACCUAUAUAUUCUUUGUGUUUAUUUAAAAGUUUUGAAAAUAUACAAUGCUGUUUAUAUUUUGUAUACCUUUUAAUAGGUAUCCACUUAAGGCAUUUGCAGUACAGAUAUUAAUUAACCACUUCCUUGGCCCCCAGCUACACUGAAAAACAAGAACACAUUUAUUGGUAGAUUUCUAAAGAUAAAUCAUAAAUAAUUUCUUAACCCAUUUAAGGAUAAAAUAAUACCAUUGAUUUCCUUGUUUAUUCUUUUUAAAUAAAAAUGUCACACGUUUAAUAGAUCAGUUGUCUAAAGCAAGCAUAAAAUGUUCAUAAAUGUUUUAUAUAUUAUUUGGUAGUCUAGUAUGUCUUUAACUGCAUAUUUAAUCCUCAGAGCCAGUAUCAUGAGACCACAUUAUAAAUGACAUGACUAAAUAAUGAAUUUAUUUUAUCAGCCUCAGUAACAAACAUUUCCUAAAUGGAAUGCAAAAAGAAAUUAAAUGAUGUUGAAUUUUAGUUUUUCUUAAAAUUGUGGUAAGCUUUUAGUUUAGCUGCUUUACAUGGAGUCAUACAUACUUAGAGGUAAGUCAUGUAUUAUUAUUUUUCCUUUUCUAACCUUUUUCUUAAAAUUAAUAGAUAACAAACUAAUUUACUAUUUUACUAACAAGGAAGAUCAGGAAUAAUAUUUCAUUGAGAGCUGAAUUAUACUUCUUAUAGUGUGCUACAAAAACAAAAGGUUUAAACUAAACCUUGACACCCACAGUAGCACCAGGAAUAGAAAUGCAUAUUUUGGCUAUAGUUUGCAUACAAUGAACACAUACAAUCUAUAUUGAAAACUGACAGAAAUAUGAAUGUUAAGGGGCUUGGAAUUCUAAAUGGAAGAUUUUAGAAGGAAAUUUGCUCUCUACUAUCUCUAUAUAAAACCAAUUAUGUUAUUUUAUUAGUUAUUAAUUCUACUUAAGCUUUUCUUCUACUAAGAAAAUUCUUAUGCCAAACGUAUUCCAAGAGCCAUCUCCUUUAUAUUGGAACCAUUUAAAGAAAUUUACUUCAUUGUACACCAUGACCUGAGGUAAAGAAAAUAAUUUUCAAAUUGUAGAUGUCCUUGAAAGGCUUAAGAUGGUAGCAUGAUGAUGUUUAGAUUCAUACUUUACAGUUUCAGGAAUUAAGUGGAAUUAAACUUAUAGAAUGAUUUGGAUCAGAUCUUAACUAAGGUCUAUAAAUCUACUCUUUUGAUUCUUAUUUCCUUCAGGAAGAUCUUUUUCCAUAGGAAGCUAUCAAAGAAAAGUAAACUAGUCACCAAGUAAUAUCACUUUCAUAAUAUGCUUUCCAGCUAGAGGGGAGAAAACACCAGAAAAGUGGAACCCUGGGUCAUAAAAUGAUGGACCUGUUAGGAAAAUGCUGUUGUGUGACAAUGAAGAGCCUGCCCAAGGACUGUGCAAGAAAUCUGUUCCUCCAUCACGGUACCCCAAGUAGGAUGGCAUGAUCUGUGCUUCCUUCAAAUAUUGAGGAUCUCCUUAAAGAAAUGAAAUUUCUGAUCUCACCCUGUAAUUACUAAAGCAAAAUUUCUAGGGAUAGGGACUGGGACUCUGGAGCCUUUAAUAAAACAAAGAAGCAAAAUAUUGAUGAUCAGAUAGAUUGGAAAAGAGUGACACUGAUUGAUCUCUGAAUGGAUGGAUACCCUUGAGUGGUCACUUUUUUCUUCCUAGGACUUGCCUUUGUUAUCUGUAAAUUAGAACGGCUAUACUUUCAGGCUUCACAAUUUUAAGCCACUUUUUUCUAUUAACAGUUGAAUGAACCAAUGGGACACAUUUUAACACCUUUUUAUGUUGACAAAUUAGAGUUGAGAAAAAUAAAUUAGCAUCUAGUCCAAACCCUUAAUUGUAAAAUUGAAAAUCUAAGAUUAUUUGAAUGUUCUGUUUUUCUCUUUUUAAAUAUUUUAUAAUUCUUAAAUUGAAAAGCCUGUUAGGUAAAUAGAAAUAAUCCUUGAAAGUAUUUUUUGAUGUUUUGUGAUUUUUUACUGGUAAAUUUCUACUUUAGGUGGGCAUUUUCUUCCCAACAAUAUACCCUUUAUUCUAUCAUUGCUAGGUUUAAAGGGACUUGUAAGCAUUUCUGGAAAUAUUUGAUUUAAAAACAUAUAUUAAUAGAUGUUUUCCCUAGCAGACUUUUGGAGCAAAAAUAUUAUUUUAGUUCAGCAGAGGAUUACUGAUACAGAGGGUUGAUCUCAAAAAGGAAUAAGAAUGAGGCAGAGAAGAAUACUUGAGUUUAUGUGUGCGUGUGUGUGUGUGUAUAUGUGUGUGUCUGUGUGUGUGUGUGUGUGUGUCAUAUAAGUUCUACAUAUUGCCUUAUGUCCCAAAGCCAAAUAUAAAAUAUAAAUGAUGCUUUGUAUAAUUCACUUUAUCAAAAAUUACCCAUAACUUUCAUUUGUUUUUAUAUAGACAAUGAAGAUCAUAUUUCAUUUUGCAGAUGUGGCCAUAAAAUAUUAUUUACUACUACAUAGGUGAUUUUACCAGGUUUAGUUAUCCUGAGAAAACAUCUGGACUUCAAAGAGUUUCUGCUUCCCUACAAAGAUCUUUAAAAUUCUUUUUAGGCACAUUUGUGAUAAACAACUACUUGAUACUGAAAUCUCCUUCAGCUGUUAGCAGCUAUCAUAUAAAGUAGGCAUAAAAACAACUGUGUGUGGCAUUUGUAUACAAUGAAAACAUUUUUCUUUCCCUCCUUUUCUUCAGUGAAUUUCAGUAAAGCUGAGUAUCUUACGAAAUCUAAAUUCAAAUAUGUACACAGUUCACUCUGGCCUCUUCCAAAAUAUCUCUAAAUAGUAGAAUUGAAGCCAAACCUUCCUGACUUCCUGCUCCUGGCCACACUAAACUCUAUAUGGCUUCUCAUACAGUGACAUCCUCUUUGUACCCAUUUAACUGCUAAUUGAGUCUGAUAAAAGUCUUCUUUGAAAAAAGUUUUCACUUUUAAGAUUUGCAUUUACAUCAUAAAAUUAAAUCAUUUUCAGGAAAAUCAGAUUUUUUAUUAUAGUACUAUUUGCUUUAAAUUCUGCAUGUUUUUCUUAAGUAGCAAGUACAUAUUAUCAGAACUUACAACUAUGAAUUCUUCAUCUUACCCUGAAAAUAUGUUCCUACAAAAAAAAUGUGCUUUACAAAUUAAAAACAAAAAUUGGGGAUGAGGGGUUCUACAGACAAGUACCAAAGAUGAUUUCUCAUCAUGUUUACUGUAUGCAUAUUCAUCAUAGAAAAUAAUUUUUUGUUUUAGUGGGAAUAAAAUCAUGAUACUUAAAAUCUGUACACAUUUCAAUGAUCUUAUUAAUCGAAUAGAUUAAAUUAAAAAUUCCUAGGAAAAAUUCUGUUAUAUGAAGCUAUGGAGAAAUCUAGAAAUUAGGGAAGGGUCUAGAUUUUGAAAGACUUAACAACUCAGAACAAGUUCAUUUAGGGGUGGGAAACCAGAGAUUCAAAGAGGUCUGCAUGGCUGCCAAGGUUACAGGGACAAAAUCUAAGCCUGGACUCGCUCAUGUUCUGCUCCCCUGUAUAAAUGUCCUGUGUGCAUCUGUGACUUUAUUGUUCGCAAAGCACAUUCAUAUUCCUGACUUAUCUGCUUCUUACAGUAAAUUUCAAGGCAAGCAUAGUGAUUUCUAAGUAGAAAGGAAAAGUUAAGUAGUUAAGAUAAUAAUUUGAAUAAAUGUUUUCCAAGAUGAGAGUUGGCUCUUCUGACUCCUAGCUCAGGCUCUUUUCCUAGCCUUCUUUUCCCAAGGAAGAGAAGAGAAAGAAAAAGAUUGAACGGCUCUUUUUCAUUUUUGUCUUGUUGCAUUUUAUACAUGACACUGAAAUUAUUUAUCUUUCUCUCAUUGAGAGCUUCUAUUCAUUCUUUCAGUGAUCAUGAAAAGUCAUCACCCUGACUUAAAUGGUGUUAUCAAAUUCAAGAAGUUGUGAACAAGACUUUAACAAAAUAUUUCCACUUUUAAUGCCUUUACCCUGAUUUUAUAUAAAUUUUUUAUGUAGGACAUGAGGUUGAAGUAAACCCAACAAAUAGCCAAGCAGUCUUCAUCUAUGACAUCAACUGAAUCCUGACCUCAGUCUUCAAAAAAUGGGAAAAUAGUUUCAUACUUUGUAAGUUAUAUAUACUCCAGAAUCAAUAAGAGCAGUUUGCUUGAAAUAUUGGUUCAUUUGUGCUGCUAUAACAAAACACCAAGACUGGGUAAUUUAUAAAGAAUAGAAAUUUAUUUCUCUACAGUUCUGGAGGCUGGGAAGUCCAAGAUAUAUCUGCAAGCAGAUUCGGUGUCUGGUGAGGGAUGCUGUGUAGUUUCAAGGUGGUACCUCAUUGCUGUGUCUUCACAUGGCAGAAGGGGCCAACACUAUUCUCACAUGGAGAAACAGCAGAAUAGCAAGAAGCAGCUGAAUGCUGUGUGAAGCUUCUUUUAUAAGGACCUUAAAUCCCAUUCAUGAGGGAGGAGCUUUUAUAAUCUAAUCACCUCCUAAAGGCCCUACCUCUUAAUAUUGGAGGUUAACUUUCAGCAUGAAUUUUGGAGGGAUAUAUUCAAAUCAUAGCAAGCAUACAGAAAUUUCCAAUAUAAAUCUCACUCGAAAUUAUAGUCACAUGCUGCACAAAACCAGUUCAAUGCACAUAUGUGAUGAUAAGAUUAUAAUACAAUAUUUUUGCUAUGCCUUUUCUAUGUUUACAUACACAGAUACUUACCAUUGUGUGACAGUUGCCUUCAGUAUUCAGUACAGUAACAUGCUGUACAGGUCUGCAGCCUAGGAGCAACAGACUAUACCAUCAAUCCUAGGUGUGUAGUGGGCUAUACCAUCUAGGUUUAUGUAAGUACACUCUGUGAUGUUUGCUCAAUGAUGAAAUCACCUGAGGGCACGUUUCUCAGAACAUGUCCCUGUUGUUAAGCAAUGUGACUGUAAUUGUGCUCUGCUGCCAGUUUCUUUUUGAAGUUUUAUUUUUCAAUUACUUACUCAUGGCAAUUUUAUAAGAAUCAUUAAACAAGUUUAAUCCAGCUA